UGCCACGGCGGGGCUUGCACCGGAAGAGGGCCUCAGCGGGCCGGAAGUGAGUCGGGGACGCCGGUGCUGCAGGAGGAGAUGAAGCCGGCGGUAGACGAGAUGUUUCCCGAGGGCGCGGGGCCCUACGUGGAUCUGGACGAGGCAGGAGGCAGCACUGGGCUCCUGAUGGACUUGGCGGCCAAUGAAAAGGCAGUUCACGCGGACUUUUUUAAUGAUUUUGAAGAUCUCUUUGAUGACGAUGAUAUCCAGUGAGGUGUGUCCGGCGGUGCAGCGCUUGCUCAGGCUUUGCCAUGCCGUGGUGUGGUUGGAUCGCCCCAAAGGACAGUUUUAGAUGGUUCCGGAGAACUUGUGGAAAGCACUUGGAAUCAGGGGAUGGUGACGAGGAAGCAUCCAGACGGUUUUAACCAUCUGGCUGAGGCUGUUCAUCUCUGGGUGUGGCUGCCUUCGGUCCUUAAAUUCAAUUAAAAAAAGUGCUGUCAUUA